CAACAAGAGAUAUUCACGAUCAAAAACUUAUCACUCUCUCAGAGGGUAAAUAUUGAAAAGGCACCCCAUAGUAAAGUAAGUCGUAUUCACGACAAAAUCAACAGAAUUUUGUGCAGUUUUUGAUAACAUUGAAACUUCUCAACUCAUUGACAAAAUGAAACGAAACCAAAUUUGAGGAAUACAAUUGAGAAGAUUAUAAUGAACAUAAGUGAAACUGGAGUCAUUUCUUUCAUUUUAUUGUAUUGUAAUUUUCACUGGUGGUAAGAUUACUGUCUGAAAAAACUUCGAAAACCUCUAAAAAGUCUGCAAAACUGCAUAGUUUGCUAAAAAAGAAAAUUCAUCAAAUUCACAUAAAAUCUGCAACUUGGUAUCUGUGAUUCUGACGCUCAUUAUUUCGCAAUUCUGCGACGAUUCCGUCGCAUUCUAUGCUAAGCUGAAAUUCGCAAUACUAAUCGAACCAAUAAUCGUAGGAAAUUAUUCGAUUACUGCGAUUAUCUGAAAGAAUUCAAUCGAUUAAAUUUCAUUCGAUUAACUGUGCCUUUACUCGAUUAUUCGAUUAAUCGAUCGAUAUUACGACAUCUCUACGCGCGAAUCGAUGACAGCCUCUUAAUCUUUGAUUUGUUAUUUAAAUUUGAUAUCUAUACAUAAAAUUAUCAGAUACCUAUAGCUUUAGAUGUUAUUUUACUAGCACCAAUGAAUUUUGUCCUUUUCAAAAAUAAUUUUUCAUCAUCUGUAUGAUAAUGGAAAAUAUAGGCGAAACGGAAGCAUAUAUUCUUCAUGUUUUGAAAACCGCUGAUUCGGCCAAACAAGAAAAAGACUCGUUCAAAAAAGUUGACUUACUCAGAACAUCGACAUCUCAAUUGUUCGCGGAAGCACUUAGAAGCAAUGACGAACGCUUCGCUUGUUCACUUCUUCAGUGCCAUUUGGAUACGUACCAGGAAGCAGUAAUUGAUCCAGAUUCGGUAAAUAAUUAUUGCGAUGAAGUGUUAAAUUUAUUGGAAACACAAACGGAAUGUGAUGAAAAAGACGAAAAAGUUAUUGAGGAAAUUGCGCUGGGAGAUCCUUUAAGUUAUUUAACUGAAAAAAGACAUUGUAAGGGGUGCUUUGAAGAUUGUGUUACAUGGCAACUAGAUGACAAUCUUACUAAAUCUGUUUUCAAACAGAAAACCCUUACAAAUGAAAAUGCGUCUAAUAUAAAUCAUGUAUCUGCUUCGCUCAAUUCCAAUGAACUGCUCAACAUGGGUAAAAUUAAAUCCAGAACAGUUCAAGAACUUUCACGUCGUAUAUUUGAUCAGAAAAAAUCAGAAUCUUUAGAUAAUGUACCUAAGGAGGAGGAAAGAAACUGUAACGAUGCAGCGACUAGUUCUUUUCGGACGGCUAAAGAUGAGUUACAAAUUCAAAAUCUAAAAAAAUACGGAAACGUUAAUCCACCAGGUAAAACUCCUCUUUUUGCAUAUGGUAAAAAAUCGCUUGGAGGUCGUCGAACGUUAGGAAGCAGGUUUGUUUGUCCGAUACGUGAUGAGAGCACUGAAAAGCCAGCCAUUAGCUCCCAAGGAUCUAACCACAGUCAAAACAGUGAGGAUGAAGAAAUAGAUGAACGUUUGCGACACAUAGAUCCCAAAAUGAUUGAGUUGAUUCGUAGUGAAAUUAUGGAUCGGUUCACUCCUCUGACAUGGGAUGAUAUUGCUGGAUUGGAUUAUGCGAAGACAACUAUUCAGGAGGCUGUAGUUUGGCCCAUUUUAAGGCCAGACAUAUUCACUGGAUUGCGUCGACCUCCUCGUGGGAUUCUUUUGUUCGGACCUCCAGGAACAGGGAAAACUUUGAUUGGAAAAUGCAUUGCAUCACAAUCGAAGUCUACAUUUUUCAGUAUUAGUGCGUCUUCUUUAACAUCCAAAUGGAUCGGCGAUGGAGAAAAAAUGGUUAGAGCGCUAUUCGCAGUAGCAACUGUUCAUCAACCAGCGGUUGUGUUCAUCGACGAAAUUGAUUCGCUUCUUUGUCAGAGGUCGGAAACAGAACAUGAAAGUUCACGAAGAUUGAAGACGGAAUUUUUGGUGCAAUUGGAUGGUGCUGCUACCGGCGAAGAUGAUCGUAUUCUGAUUGUAGGAGCUACAAACAGGCCGCAGGAGCUCGAUGAAGCUGCUCGUAGACGACUCGUGAAAAGAUUGUACAUUCCGUUGCCAGAACUUUCAGCUAGGAUUAAGAUACUGUCUCGACUUUUAGCGAAUGAGAAGAGUUCACUUUUAUCUGACGAAAUGACCGUGAUUGGCCAACUCACCGAAGGAUUUUCCGGGGCAGAUAUGAAAGUUUUGUGUCACGAAGCUUCGAUGGGACCAAUACGUUCGAUCCCGUUCGAACAGCUUAGUCGGAUAGGCAAAGAUGAGGUUCGCCCGGUUUGCUAUGCAGAUUUUAAGAAUGCACUUGAAAGGGUUCGUGCUAGUGUGUCGCAGAAAGAUCUUACACAGUAUGUGCAGUGGGAUAGAUGUUACGGGUCAGGAGCCUCUUGCUGACAAACGCAUAAUAGUAAAUGCUAUUUUGUCGGAUAAGAACGAAACCAUGUAAUGUUCUGGGUUAUUUCAUUUAUUCAUUAAAUAUAUGCACAAUGUUCACUGAA